UUCAGCUUAAAGCGGUGAUAUUCUUCAAGUUUAGGAACUUGUCGGAUUCAAUAAUCUGUAUGUGGUUGAUUCCAUAUAAAUCAUCGAUUGGGUAUUUCAAAACCUGGCUAAAGUGAAUGACUUUGGUCUGUAGAAUCACAAAAGACCUGUGAUUCCUUUGCAAGGUUUAACUUGUGCUGCCACUGUUCUUUCGCGGAAUGAGAGGAACCUUUCUGAUUAGGUCAAGGCUAUCGAUCUUCAGGGCUCCUGCAGUUAAUUGCUUAAGAUGUAGUAAUGUUGUUUUGCUUAAUCCGAGCGAUAAAUGUAUUGUUAGACCGCAUUUGGAUUCUCCCGUAGCUUGUGUGCUUCCUUUGGGUCUCUGUUCUCUGUUCUCUACUUCCAAAGUUGAUUCGGAGCAAGUAGGAUUCAAUCAGAGUAAUAAUGACAAGGAUGAUGAAAGUGAGGAAGAGAUUGACCUCGAUUUUGGUUGUAUCAUAAGUGAUAAGGUUGUUUCAGAGGAUGUUGGAAAGAUUUCGAAGCUGUUGAAAGAUUGUGGGAGUGACCGGAAGGAACUGAGGGACAAGCUUGAGGGAUGUGAUGUGAAGCCAUCGAAUGAGUUGGUGGUGGAGAUUCUUUCUCAAGCUCGUAAUGAUUGGGAAGCUGCUUUUACUUUCUUUGUUUGGGCAGGGAAGCAGCAAGGUUAUGUUCGUUCGGUUCGUGAGUAUCACUCUAUGAUCUCGAUUCUCGGUAAAAUGAGGAAGUUUGAUACAGCUUGGGCAUUGAUUGAUGAGAUGAGAAAGUUCAGCCCUUCUCUUGUUAACUCACAGACACUUUUGAUCAUGAUUAGGAAGUACUGUGCGGUACAUGAUGUUGGGAAAGCCAUUAACACGUUCCACGCCUACAAAAGGUUCAAACUUGAAAUGGGGAUUGAUGAUUUUCAGAGUUUGCUUUCUGCUCUUUGCAGAUACAAGAAUGUUUCAGAUGCGGAGCAUUUGAUCUUCUGUAAUAAGACUACCUAUCCGUUUGACGCCAAAAGUUUCAACAUUGUUCUUAAUGGAUGGUGUAACGUGAUUGGUAGCCCACGGGAGUCUGAACGAGUCUGGUUGGAGAUGGGAAAUGUCGGAGUCAAACACGAUGUUGUGUCUUAUUCAUGCAUGAUGUCUUGCUAUUCGAAAGGUGGUAGCUUGAAUAAGGUUCUCAGACUUUUCGAUCGGAUGAAGAAAGAGGGUAUAGAGCCAGACAGAAAAGUGUACAAUGCGGUGGUUCACGCUCUUGCUAAAGCUAGCUUUGUCUCUGAGGCGAGGAAUUUGAUGAAGACAAUGGAGGAGGAGAAAGGGAUAAAGCCAAAUGUUGUUACUUACAACUCUAUCAUCAAGCCUCUAUGCAAGGCUAGAAAAACCGAAGAGGCUAAACAAGUUUUCGAUGAGAUGUUAGGGAAAGGACUCUUCCCAACUAUCCGAACAUACCAUGCGUUUAUGCGGAUUCUAAGAACAGGAGAAGAGGUUUUUGAGCUAUUAGCUAAAAUGAGAAAGAUGGGUUGUGAACCGACUGUGGAUACAUACAUAAUGUUGAUCCGUAAAUUAUGUAGGUGGCGCGAUUUCAAUAAUGUGUUAUUGUUGUGGGAUGAGAUGAAGGAGAAGGGUGUUGGUCCGGACCUUAGUUCAUACAUUGUGAUGAUACAUGGGCUGUUCUUGAAUGGUAAAAUAGAAGAAGCGUAUGAGUACUAUAAAGAGAUGAAGGAAAGGGGUAUGAGACCAAAUGGGAGUGUUGAAGAUAUGAUUCAAAGCUGGUUUUCGGGAAAACUGUAUGCAGAGCAGCGGAUAAUAGAUCCAAAAGGGAAUGUUUCGGGUCUCGGUAGAGGAGAUAUUGUGAAGAAACCUGAAAGAGAAGAGAACUUUCUAAAGCAGCCUGAGGUGAGAAGGGUUGUGAGAGGACAUGGAUAUUCGUACUGGGAUGAAUAAAAAGCUAGAGAGGGGGAGAGAUCUCGAAGCAACGUUUAGAGUCAAGAAGAAUCAUAGCUAGGAAAACCAUCUUGGAUAGCUUUGACAAAGUUAGCUAGUUCUGGUUAAGUUUGAUCAUAACAGGUUAAUUCUGCGUUGCGAAGAAACAUAGUUUGUGACAUUGUGUUCCUCAGGAAUUAAUUCUGAAGAGAAGUGAUUACAUAGUUAAAGAAAUUAUAUUUUAUAUAAGAA